GAGUCGUGCGUUUAACCUGAGGCUGCUAAAACUGCGAGAGCAGGAUUUCGCCUCUAGUGAGCUCUGAAGUGUGGAUCCCACCUUUUUUUUUAUCAUUCUGUUCUCUUAGUAGCGUUACUAAUCCAGCUCUUUCUUCAAUUCUGCAUUCUGUCUAAUAAACCUAAUGGAUGCAGAAGGAUAGGCGGAGUGAGCUCAGGAUAUAACGUCUCUCUUUCAGCCUGAUGCUACAUUUAAGGCUGUUGGUUGCUAUUCAGAAUUGCAAAAAAUAAUUCUAAAACAUAAUCAAGAGGCUCACUCUGGCAGCCAGCAGAUCAAGGAUAUUUCUACAUUUUUAAAGAGGAUCUGGACCAACAUGUGGGAGAAUCAAAUCUCAGAAGAUCAAAGCAAUAGAGAAAUCCAAAUGACAGAUGCAGCUGCCUGCUGUCACGGCACAGCGUCAUGCUUGCACCUUCGCAUCCUUGCAGCUUGUGGACAAGAUUGGCAUCUGAACCCUGCAAGGUGCACCUUGAAAGUGUUCUGAGGAGAUGAGCGUCCUCGCCGUAGGUUGUGCAGCAGGUGAAGGGAUGAAAGCAGGGACCGUGAUGAAGGUUUGUGAUGCAGGCUGGGUGGGACAGCAGAAGACACUCAUGGAGGUAGUCCUGCUGCACCUAGUUAUCUGCGCGUUUAUCGAAGGGGCCUCUGGACUUGGGGUUUUGGCAUUUGAAAGGGGGUUUUCUACUUUGGCUUCAAGUAUAUCCACAGGAAAUGUAGAGACGGAAGGGCCACAAGAAAUGAACUGGUCAGGUGCUGGUCCAACAGGCACUUUCUUUGCAAGCGUUGCACCAACAAAUGAGCUUGAUAAGGGUACCAGUACAGAAGCAACGGGUUCUGCCGGACCAGAACAGUCUGAGCAAGAUGCUACGGAGGUGGCAGAAUCCUUUUUAUAUAGUGGAGAAUCUGCACGCCUUUCUUUGUCCAACUGUACCAGAAGACACCACCUGAAGGGAGUGUCAGGCUCCCCUAGUCGUAGCUUGCACCCAUUUUUGCGGAGUGCCUUGGAUACCCUUACUCAUGCUGCCAAUUUCCUUAAUAUGAUCUUCCAGACAAAUGAUAUCCGGGAGUCCAGCAUCAAGGAGGACAUCGAAUGGUACCACUCUUUAGUCCGGAGCAUAGUAGAAGGGGAUCCAAAAAUCUUUAGAGCCGUACUAUCAUUUGACACAGAGCCAACUUCCACGAGGCCCCAGCUGGUUCUCCAGGCCACUAGGGACCCAACUCUCAAUGAGAUCAUGCUACAGGACCUCUCUUCCUCAUGGGAUCAGCUGCGCAACCUGAGUGAUGGCAGCGACUGGUUCACGGAACUCAAAUUCCAAGAAGGCCCUCCACCAUCUUCAUACCUGCACAAGAGGAUUCUUAGCAAUGAUCUUCGCACAUUGGAUACACCCAAAUGGAACCGGGGGGACAGCUACGUGAUGGACCGCCAACAUGUGCGCUGGUCAAAAUCGCCUUUCCUUGAAUGCCAAGGAGGCAAAUUCUUGCCUAACUGGAUGGCCACCAUGUCGACGUCUUUCUACGGACUCAAACCUGACCUCAGCCCCGAGUUCAAAGGAGUGAUUCGGAUUGAUGUAAACUUGCAAAGCUUUGACAUUGACCAGUGUGCUACUGGGGAGGACUGGUUUGCAGAUACACACCAGUGCAAUCGCACCAGCUCACAGUGUGUCCCUUUGCGAGGGAUGGGCUUCCGGCUGGGUCAGUACCGAUGUGUGUGCCUACCAGGAUUCUACAAUGCCAGCUCCUCUUCAGUCAGAAACACAACUAAAGAGCAAGAUGAAGAAGGCUUUACCAACAGAAGCAGUGCCGGAGUGGAGGAGGGGGGCGGCGUGUUAUCCGAGUGUCUGCCCUGCCACCCAGGUUGUCCUCUCUGUCAGGAUGGAGCCCCCUGUAAUGUGCAGGAGGACUGGUACCUGCGGGUGACAAUACUCGGAGUCCAGGCUUUCUGCAUGCUCAUAGUGUUUAUCAGCAUGAUUGUAGCCUACCACUUUCGACAGAGCAAGCGUAUUCGGGCUUCUGGACUGGUGCUUUUGGAGACAAUUUUGUUUGGAUCACUGCUGCUAUAUUUUCCGGUCUUCAUCCUGUAUUUCAAGCCCAGUAUCUUCCGUUGCAUUUUGCUGCGUUGGGUCAGACUCCUGGGAUUUGCGAUUGUCUAUGGGACUGUCAUGCUGAAAAUGUACAGGGUGCUGAAGGUGUUCCUGUCUCGUACCGCUCAGCGAGUGCCCUACAUGACAAGCGGACGGGUCCUGAAGAUGCUGGCGGUCAUCGUGCUAACUGUCAGCUGGUUUCUGUCUGCGUGGACAGCCGGGGUUUUAGAAAACAUGGACAGAGAUGUCCCAAUCCUUGUGACCUCGCAAACUCCGGAGGGGCUUCACUUUAGCAUCUGUGACCUCGAUCGCUGGGAUUACAUGAUGGCCAUCGCGGAGCUGUUGUUCCUGUGCUGGGGAAGCUCUCUGUGUUACUCUGUGCGCACCGUGCCCUCGGCCUUCCAUGAGCCUCGCUACAUGGGCAUCGCCAUCCACAACGAGAUGCUCGUCUCUGCCACCUUCCAUCUGCUCCGAUUCAUCCUGCUGCCAUCACUACACCCUGAUUGGAUGCUGCUGCUUUUCUUCACCCACACUCACGUCACGAUAUCUGUCACCCUUGGCCUGCUCUUCAUCCCCAAGUUUCUGCACAUGAGCUCUCCACUGCGGGAAGAGAUUGCCACGGAAGUUUAUGAGGAUGAGCUGGAUAUGCGGCGCUCGGGGUCCUACCUGAACAGCAGCAUUACAUCGGCCUGGAGUGAGCACAGCCUCGAUCCUGAUGACAUCCGGGAUGAGCUGAAGAAGUUGUACGCCCAGCUUGAAGUACACAAAACUAAGAAGAUGACAGCCAACAACCCCCACUUGCAAAAGAAGCGCAGCUCACGCAGGGGACUCGGCCGCUCCAUAAUGAAACGCAUUACUGAGAUCCCGGAGUCCAUGAGCCGCCAGUGCAGCCGUGAUGACAAGGAAGGUUCCCAGAGCUCCCGAGGUUUAGGAGGGGCGAGUCACCCUGGAACAUGCAAAAAGAAACACUUUGAGCCGGCGAGCUCAAGCAUGAAGGUUAAAGAGGAUUCCAUCAAGCACAGGGUUUUCUCGCUCCGUAAGUCCCACAGUACCUAUGACCAUGUGCGGGACAGCAAGGAGGCUCAUUCCCACCUGCAUCGAUCAGUAGAAAGCAAGGAUUCAUCUUUAUUAGACUCACUCAUGCGCAAGAAACUAGCAAGGAAGUCCUGUGAACACUCUGAGACGGAUUCUAUAGAUGGCGCCCCGCUGGUAUGUAAAUCAGCCAGUGCCCACAAUUUGACUGUGGACAAAAAGCCCUUGCAUCACAGACCUGUCAAGCUUCAGAAAUCACUGAGUGUAAUCACAAGUAGCAAAGAAACGGCUCAUCUCUUGUCAGGCAAGAGUUACAGUAUGGAGGAUAAUUCAAAACGUCUUGGUGGAAGAGGCACAGAGAAGGAAAAUGAAGAUAAGCGAACCUCAGCUGAAGAUGGGUCGACUGAAGCGGUGAAGUAUAGUGAGCCAAUUCCAAAAACUAUGCAUGCUCUUUUGAAAGAAGACUAUGACAAGGCAGAAGUGUGCCCAUGGGAGAUCGAACCGCAGCCUUGUGAAAGCAAAGUACAAAAGCACGUCACAUACGCCCCAAUGAACUCUGAUCAUCCAAAAAUGGGGAGAUCAUGGCAAAUUGGGACAUCGUGGGAGAGUGUGGCCGAUAAGACCACUAUUCACCAUUACGAAGGACGGGAGCCAAAAUCUCGAAGCAGUCUUAAAGUUACUGAAGAUGCUGAGAAGAGAGCAAGUACCGGCGACAGGAUGCAGAGAAUAGAAAGGCCAGGGGAAAAGGAGAUGAAGGAGAGUUUUCUACCAGCAGACCUUUACACUUGGGAUUCGGAUUCCCAAGACGAGCCAGAAAAGGAAAGAGCAAAGGUUCCUGUGUCUUCUAGUGCACCAGGAUCACCUGUCACACUUGGAAAAAACAAGGAACCUAGAGGAUUCCCAAGGAGUUUUGGCCUGUCGAUGAAAGGAUUGAGGGGGUCUGGCAAAGCAAAGGAGUUUGAUGCAAAACAAAAAGUGAGAAAGGGCAUGGUAAAGCGAAAAGAGAAGAAAGAAGAGAUGGCCAAAGGAUCCGUUCAACAGAAAGACAGAGAAGUUACCCAACUUAAUGAAACACGCAAGAAUGAGGGGAACAACAACAUAUCUGAAAGGAAUCAGCACAAAACCGAUGUCUGUCCCUGGGAGAUGGAAGAAUUCCAUGGGGUAGCGGACGCAAGUGCCAUUGUAGAGCAGUGUGUGUUGGACUCCAGUAAAAACUCUGAGAGGGGAAAUGAUCAGAAACCUACUACCGACGUAGGGGGUACAUCUGGGGAGCAUAAGAGCAAGUGCCUGGACAGUUCUCCAGUAGAAGUAGCAGUAGAAACAGUAUUACCACCGGAAAUAUCAAUGGAACCGAUUCACAAAACAUUCACGACAAAAGGGAUUGACCUGGCUGAAGUAUGUCCAUGGGAAGCAGAAUGCUUACCGGCACUUGGUGAAAAAGAUAGCCAGGCUUUACCUAUAAAAGAAUCCACAAGCAGUAAAAAUCAACAUAGUAACACAAUAGUAGGAUCUCCUCUAAGUCCACCGGCGGAUAUUUCCCCUCACAAAGCAGAGGGGACAGGUGGCAGCACCACAUUUACACACAGCAGUAAAGAUCCGACACUAGCAUCCCAUCUCGAUUCCUGUCUGACUAACACGGAAGAACCAAAAGCAGGUUCUGCACAGGAAGCUGACUGGAAGAAGCCCAAGGAGUCCGAUCCAGCCUUGCUCAAACGGGAAGAAAUUUGUCCUUGGGAAAUGGAUGAGCUCAAACCAGCAAGUGGACAAAAAGCCACCCUUUCUGAAAUCCUGCCCUGGGAAACUCAGGCACCACUUGGAAUGACACAAGGAAUUGUUAAAAAUCGAACAGACAUCUGCCCUUGGGAGGAUGAGGAGGCAGCAAACGCAGAACACACGGACUGUAAAGAGGCUGGGAAAGCAAAUGCUCCCAGUUCCUUGUUGGAAAAGAAGGCAGAUGUCUGUCCUUGGGAUUAUGAAUAAUUCCCAUCACUUCACAGAUAGGAGGAAAAUCAUCCCCAGUGAACUAUCACAUAAAAUUCAUACAUUUACUAAGAACAGAGGCCACCAGACCUGGCAGGAAUCAGUCAACCUGAGGAUUGCUGCGGAGAUCUCCUUGGACUGGAACUUCUGAUCAGCUUUGUAAAUUACACUUCUAAAACACCAAAAAAUAAUUUAACAUACCACACACUCUUAAGGAUCAGGAAGUAAAGAUACGCUGAAAAUUCUCCCAGCAUUACUCAGUCAUAAUAUGAAAAUAAAUGCGUAAAGCCUGCAAAA